AUGGCAACAACGAGUGAAGCGAAUCUAGGCUUCUGGAGGGACUAUAGUCGUCGCUACCUUGACCAACGGCAGAUACUUGCCACUAACUUUUGGUCUCAAUGGAUGACAGCUUUUGUCGCUGUGUGCCUCACUCUCACAAGUCCUUAUGUUUUCAAGAUAGCCAAGAGCUUUCUAGUUUGGCUUAUUGGUCUUCUUAGUUGGCUCACAAAAGAGUGGAACAAUGCCCAUUUAGCAAAACCUCCUUCGUCAUCGUCUAGUGUCGCUGAAAGCCAGACUCCAUUAAUGCAAAGUCAGCACGUUGACUAUAGAACAAGUUAUAGACCGGAGAAUGAUGUGAUAUCGAAUACGCCAGAUGGUCAGCAGCCCAAUGGAACACCAAUAAGCGCAGUGGAAAGCCAAUCUGAUAACCAGCGUGACAUUGCCAAACCUGUAUCUGAGGAACAGAGCCCACAAGUUGUUGCAACAUUACCAGCUGCAGAAAGUUGUCCGGACUCAGAAAGACGAACACCAUCGGCCCACGGAGACCAAGGUCCCGCAGAUAUACUGAAGAAAUCCCAAGACAGUCGCGAGACUGUAUGGGAGUUCGUCGAGUCUCUACUGCAUGGUGGAGCCAAGCAAGCCGACUCCCCAUCCACCAUAAUGAUCGUGAUAACUACUGUUCUCUUUGGUCUCUUCAUUGCACAGGCAAUAGCCGGCGUGUUUUCAGCCAAGAUUGCUUCCGACAGAGCUGGCCUGUCUUCGUCGCAGCAUUGUGGCAUUUGGCAAUUCAAUGAAAAUGCUGGUGGAGAGCCCGCAGAUCGGGAUGAUUUAAACAAUUAUCAGAAGGAAGCACGAGCAAGCCAGUACGCUCGGACCUGCUACAACUCCCCGGAUCCUACAGACCCAUUGUCUUGUAAGGUGUUCUACAACCAGAGUAUUGCAUACUCUACCAAGACCUAUCAGCCGUGUCCGUUCGCGUCAUCUGAGCUCUGUCACGAUGGACUCUACUCUGCCAUCUCCUUCGAUACUGGCUAUAUUGACGCCAGUGUCAUCGGUAUCAACUCUCCAACGACUCAUAAAUUUCGUCGAACAACAAGCUGCUCCCCACUGAACAUGUCGGAACCAUACGUCCUGCGAUCUCCUCCAGGCACCAAUGGCACAGCCUAUGACUAUUACUAUGGCCCUAAGGACUAUACGAGUUACACGUUCAAUACAUCUGGCCGACCAUUUGAAUGGCUUGUGCCGGUGUACUCGGUAAGCACUUAUUUCUCUUCGCUCUACCCGGAAAUCGAUUAUUGGCACCCAAUACCAGAGCUCCAGACACCAGCCAACAGCACGCUCACAAUCAUUUUCGUGUCUUCGAUGCACAUUUACCAUGUCGAGCCGAGCUUUGAUCCUAUAUUUCCCGCCAACGAACCACGCUAUUUUGAGGGUUUCCGUAAACCUUACUAUUACAACGCCGACCCUCGAGCCCGAGCUCUGGCUUGCGUGGACACAAGUGAGCUGUGCUCUCCCGAUGGUACCACCUGUUGGUCUAUGACUUCGCCUCUGCCGCCGGAUAUCCAGUCCUCUCCAGAAUAUUGGUUGAUGAAAUGGUCCUUGGCGAACUCGAAUACCUUCGAUUCGAUCAAGUGGCGCUUGGGUACCGCACUUCUCGCCCAGGAAAGCGUCAGUCAGUCCGUAUCAAUUCCUUUGAGCCCUUAUCAAUGGCAGCUCGAAGCAAGCCAGCUAUUUGCCACUUCUCUUGCCCGAAUCCAGUACGACGCUUGGAAAAUCGCCACUGGCGAAGACCGCGAGCGACCUGGAUACGUCGAAGUGACCCCUGAAGAAGCCAGAGGUCGUCUUUGCAGGUUGUACAAGUUCAAAAGUUCGGACUAUACUAACAUCAACUUGGCUGCGUUUGUCGGACUCCCGUUGCUGGCGAUCACCAUUUUCGUUUUGAGCUGGGAUGCGAGUGUCGUUGGAUUGGGCUCCAGAAAAGAUGAGAGCAUCGCCUCGGAGCCUCUUAUCAUUGACGUUAUUGUUAGAUUCGUCUGUGAUAUCUUGCUCGUUUUCACCGUGGGCAUAUACACCGGUAUCAUUACUCUCUUUCGAAAAUUGGGCCGUUGCAUCAGAGAUCGAAGACCUAAUUCGAAUCUGUCUUGA